AUGGAGUCCACCGAUGCCAAUGCUGAUAGUCCUGAUGCCCAGCCAGACAUCGCGCCAGAGCACUGCAUUGGUAGCCUGCGGGGCAUCCAUCAGUGGCAUCCGGCUGCAGCUAAGGGACCUGCAGCAAAAACAGUCACCAAAAAACUGAAGAAGAAGUCUACUAAGUCUUUUUCCUUCUUCACGAUCCCACAAGAGUAUGACCUUCUUGAGAUUGCUCCUGCCAUGAUACCAAACACUCUGCCUUCAAUUAAGUUGCAGAGUUCUGAUGGAGAGGUAUUCGAAGUUGAUGUGGAAAUUGCCAAACAGUCUGUGACUAUCGAGACCAUGAUGGAAGAUUUGGGAAUGGAUAAUGAAAGAGAUCAUGACCCAGUUCCUCUACUAAAUGUUAAUGCAGCAAUAUUAAGAAAGGUCCUUCAGUGGUGCGUCCACCACAAGGAUGACGCUCCUCCUCCUGAGGAUGGUGAGAACAAAGAAAAGCGAACAGAUGAUAUCCCUGCCUGGGACCAAGAAUUCCUGGAAGUUGACCAAGGAACACUUUUGGAACUUAUUCUGGCUGCAAACUACUUAGACAUCAAAGGUUUGCUUGAUGUUACAGGCAAGACUUUUGCCAAUAUGACCAAGGAGAAGACUCCUGAGGAGAUUCACAAGAUCUUCAAUAUCAAAAAUGACUUCACGGAAGAGGAGGAAGCCCAGGUACGCAAAGAGAACCAGUGCCAUGAAGAGAAGUGA